CCCUCUCCCCUCGCAGUCUUCCAUUGUCUGCCCUUCCUCCCUCCCUCCCCCGUCCCGUUAAUACACCACUUUCCCGGUCGACAAAGCUCUGAAUCAAAACUACAGAAUCAGAAAAGAAACUCCAAUCCCAUUCCAAUCACUCGCUCAGUCACUCUGUUCCUUCUUUCUCUCUUUGACGAUUUUUUGGGUUCGAUGAGGGCUUUUGAUUCAUGCCGCAAUGCCUUCAAUCGAGCCGCCAAUCGAUGCUUCGAUGUCUUCCCUUGUCUAGCAGAUCCCGCGAGGAGAUCAUCGCUGGGAUUGAGGCUAGCAUUGGUGUUGCUGCAUCUACUCUAUGCUGGAGUUCUCUUUCUCUUCGACACUGACUUGAUUGAUAAAACGAAGCAGCAGCCUUGGUUUACUGCUCUGUAUGGCUUGUUGUUCUUCGCAACUUUGGUUCAAUAUUUCGUUACGUCUAGCUCAUCUCCUGGCUAUGUCAUUGAUGCAAUGAGGGACCUUAAUGAGAGAAACGCAAUUGCUAGGCAGGCAGCAAUGAUUUCAAAACAGCCUGCUUCAAGUAAAAAUGGAAACUUGGUUAUAACCAUUGAUGCUACUCAGCAUGGACGCCUGCUUCAUGGAAGUAAUAUAAUGCCAUGGACAAAGCUGGUUUUAGAUCUGUAUCCCCCUGGAACGUCGGUCAGAAACUGCACUUGUUCCUAUUGCAAUGUUGAACAGCCUCCUCGAGCAAAGCAUUGUCAUGAUUGUGACAAAUGCGUUCUCCAGUUUGAUCAUCACUGUGUUUGGCUUGGAACAUGCAUUGGCCAGGGAAAUCAUUGUCGGUUCUGGUGGUACAUCUGUGGGGAAACAGCAUUGUGUCUGUGGACUGGCAUCUUGUAUAUCACCUAUUUAAAGUCUAACAUCUCGAGGUUUUGGUGGAAGGAUGCCAUCACGAUACUGCUGGUGAUUACUUUGUCAAUCUUCUUAUUAUUUCUGCUUCUCCUCCUGCUUUUCCAUAGCUAUCUUAUUCUUACCAACCAGACCACCUUUGAAUUAGUAAGACGCAGGCGGAUCCCAUAUUUGAGGGGUAUUCCUGAAAGAGUGUAUCCCUUCAGUAAGGGAGUCUGCAGCAACUUGUAUGGUUUUUGUUGUGCUCCUAGAAGCCUAUACAGUUUGGAAAGGAUGCCCUCGAGGGUGGAAAUGGAAGAGAAGUCAAGACCUUACACGUGCUUGGAUAUUUGACUUGCCGUUGCUGCUA